CACUAUCGUUAGAAUUCAAGCAUUUUUGCGUUGUGGGUUUUCUUGGUUGCAGCUAUGGAACCAGCAAAAUCAUGGUUUGGGAGCUCUCUCCCCGUUCCUUGUGUUCAGGAGCUGGCGAAGUUGCAUUUGGAACAGACGACGGCGACAAUCCCGCCGAGAUAUGUGCGUCCCGAUCAGGACCCUCCCGACGUCUCCGACUCCACUUCUUUACCCCAAGCCCCAGUCAUCGACAUGCAAAAGCUGUUCUCCCCAGAAUUUAUGGACUCUGAGUUGGACAACUUGCACAAUGCAAGCAAACAAUGGGGUUUCUUCCAGUUGAUAAAUCAUGGGGUGAGCACUUCAUUGUUGGAGAAGGUGAAAUUCGACAUUCAAGAAUUUUUUAAGCUGCCUAUGGAUGAGAAGAAGAAGUAUUGGCAACAACCAGGAGAGCUGGAAGGGUUUGGGCAGGCCUUUGUUGUAUCUGAGGAGCAAAAGCUUAAUUGGGGAGACAUUUUCGUCCUGGUCAUGCUUCCAAUAAUUAUGAGGAAACCCCACUUGUUCCCCAAGCUCCCCCUCCCAUUCAGAGAUAACUUAGAAGCCUACUCAGCUGAGCUUCAAGAACUUGCCAUGAAAAUCCUUGAACUUAUGGCAAAAGCCCUUAAAAUGGAAUAUAAGGACAUGAAGAACCUGUUUGAAGAUGGGCGGCAGGCAAUGAGGAUGAACUACUACCCCCCAUGUCCACAACCAGAUCUUGCGAUUGGCCUCAACUCUCACUCUGAUGGUGUCGGCCUAACAAUCCUCCUCCAACUCAACGAAAUGGAAGGCCUCCAAAUAAGAAAAGAUGAGAUGUGGGUACCUGUUAAGCCCCUCCUUAAUGCUUUUAUUGUCAACAUCGGAGACAUUUUAGAGAUUGUGACUAAUGGAAUAUAUCGUAGCAUUGAGCAUCGUGCGACUGUUAACUCAGUAAAAGAGAGGCUCUCUAUAGCCACAUUUUACAGCCCAAAAUGGGAAGGUGUUAUGGGUCCAGCACCAAGCCUUAUUACUCCAGAAUCGCCAGCGUUGUUCAAAAGAAUAGGGGUUGCAGAUUACUUCAGGGGAUAUUUCUCUCGUAAACUCGAUGGGAAGUCGUACAUUGAUGUCAUGAGGAUCCAAAAUGAUGAUCAAAAAGGCUCAUGAGACUUACCCUUCAGAUUGAAAAACUCAAUGACAAGAAUAUAUACUCUAUAAGAAAAUAAAUACCAUGAAAGCUAUUGUGUAAUA